CCCCCCCACCACUCGGGCCAAGUGCGCAUGCUCAGUCGCGCGCCCACGACCCCUCUUCCCUCUUCUGCGCCUGCGCGACCGUGAUUCCCUGCUCCUGUCUCCCCACCCUCAGGCCCUGUCGGGAGCGCCGCGAGCUGCUAAAGGGCGGGAAAGGCAGUUGAGAGAGGCGCGAGCGGCUACUCACUCCAUGGCUGCGGAAAGGAGAGGCGGCGGCUGCCUCGAGUGAAGAAAGACGGUGGAAGCGGAGAGCGUAGGCGCGGUUGCAGAAGCUGUUGAAUUUGCUUGGAAGCCGGAGUAGCUGCCGCCACCAGAGUCUGGAGCCAUGAGCGGGUUUAAUUUUGGAGGCACUGGGGCUCCUACAGGAGGGUUCACGUUUGGCACUGCAAAGACAGUAACAACCACCCCUACAACGGGGUUUUCUUUCUCUGCUUCGGGCACUGGAGGGUUUAACUUUGGGACUUCCUCACAGCCAGCUACAACCACCCCUUCAACUGGCCUGUUCUCACUCACUACCCAAGCUCCAGCAACACAGACCUCAGGGUUCAGUUUUGGAACAACUCCUUCCUCUGGAGGUACUGGCUUUUCCUUAGGAAUCAAUGCUCCAAAGCUAAAUUUGAGCAACACAACUGCCACCCCAGCCACAGUGAACCCCAGUGGCUUUUGGCUUGGCAGCAGCACCCUUACCAAUGCCAUAUCGAGCACCGUCACCUCCAGCCAGGGGGCAGCACCCACUGGCUUUGUGUUUGGCUCUUCUACCACCUCUGCAGCCCCAAACACCACAUCUGGAGGGUUCUCCUUCACCGGUGGAAGUACGUCCCAGACUGGGACCUCUGGUUUCAACAUUGGCUCCGUGGGCAGUUCUGCCCAGCCCACAGCACUUACUGGAUUACCCUUCACUCCAGCAACACCAGCAACCACUGGAGCAGGGACCACACAGCCGGCCGCUCCCACACCCACUGCUGCCACCACCAGCGUGGGGCCUACCCUCUUUGCCUCAAUAGCAGCUGCUCCGACCUCAUCCACCACCACAGGGCUCUCCCUCUGUGCCCCAGCAACCACUGCUGGAGCUCCUGGAGCUGGUAUGCUGGGGUUUAGCUUAAAAGCCCCUGGAGCAGCUUCUGGUGCCUCCACAGCAACAUCCUCCACCACCACCACCACCACCACCACCACUACUGGCUUUGCCUUGAGUUUAAAACCACUGGUGCCAAGUGGGAUCCCCAGCAAUGCAGCAGCUGCUGUGACAGCUCCACCUGGCACCAGUACAGCUGCUGGAGCAGCCACCUGUCCCGUGAUGACCUAUGCGCAACUGGAAAGCCUGAUCAACAAGUGGAGCCUGGAGUUGGAAGACCAGGAGCGGCAUUUCCUCCAGCAGGCCACCCAGGUCAACGCCUGGGACCGUACACUGAUUGAGAAUGGGGAGAAGAUCACCAGCCUGCACCGUGAGGUAGAGAAGGUGAAGCUGGACCAGAAGCGGCUGGACCAAGAGCUUGACUUCAUCCUGUCCCAACAGAAGGAGCUGGAAGACCUGCUGAGCCCACUGGAGGAGUCAGUCAAGGAGCAGAGCGGGACCAUCUACCUGCAGCAUGCUGACGAGGAGCGCGAGAAGACCUACAAGCUGGCUGAGAAUAUUGACGCACAGCUGAAGCGCAUGGCCCAGGACCUGAAGGACAUCAUCGAGCACCUGAACACAUCUGGAGGCCCCGCUGACACCAGUGACCCUCUACAGCAGAUCUGCAAGAUCCUCAAUGCGCACAUGGACUCUCUGCAGUGGAUUGACCAGAAUUCAGCCCUGCUACAGAGGAAGGUAGAAGAAGUGACCAAAGUGUGUGAAGGACGUCGCAAGGAGCAGGAGCGCAGCUUCCGAAUCACCUUCGACUGAACGCAGGGCUGUGGAUUUGGGGCAGGGGGUGGUGGGGGUCGUUUUGUCUAGUUUGGGGUUUCUUUCAAAUUACUGUGCUGUUGAGAGAAUGGUUCUGUGGUUGGACUUUUCCCAUUAGCAAAUAGGAAAUAUUCUGAGUCUUCUGGUGCAGGCAGCAACCUAGUGGCUGGAUUUUGUGUUUUGUUUGUAUCUUUGACCCCUUGCACCUACUACAACUACCCACCUCUUCCUUCUUGUUCCUGCUAUGUGAUAGAAAAAUGCUUGAUCUGUCAAAGAACAAUCUAUUCCCUAUCCAGGGUUUGUGUUCAGCAGCCACUUUGUCCAACUCAGUCUUGGGUAAACUGAAAAAAAGACCAAGGUUACUCCCUGUCCUCUGAGGAGAUGGCAACCUGGUCUUGGAGUACAUGUGUGCUUAUGAAAGUUAACCACCAUGACCCAGAAUGGGACCGACAAUGGGAUAGUUUCAGAGGAGAUGGUCCCCUAGGGUCCACAAGGGAUGGCAAAAGGGCAGGAUUCACACCCAGAGGCCUCCCUUUGCCUGGUUAAUAUGCGUGCUCAUCCACCAGGUCUUGCCUUAGGAAACCUUGAUUGUGCAAAGCUGGGUUAGGUGACCAUCCUGUGGUCCCCAUAAGACACUGGGCUAGCACUUCACACCAUAUUGUGUUGACUGUGUGCUUCUCAAUCUCACUAUUAGAUUGUGAGCUCCUGUGGACAGAGACUGACUGUCGUUCCCCUUUGUGUCCUCAUCACAGUCCCUGUCACAUGUUCAAUAAACAGUGAAGAUGAAACAGCAAACACUAGUCCACACAAGUACCUGUUGAUAUGACCUGACUUGCCAGAAGCAACCAGACUUGGUUCUGAACUUCCCAUGGUCAGAGUUAACUUAGUCAUAGUAAGGUCCACAGUGUCUUGAAGGCCAAAGCCAGUUGGUUAUAUUCCAGUUGUCUUUUUUAUAUCUUAUCUUUGUACUUUGCUGCAUUCUUUGAAAUACCUAUGACGGUAUGUUGCUUUCCUAAAUAAAGUGCAUUGUGAAACAAAACCAGCCGUUUGGGUAGAUAUUAGGAGAAAGUUGCUUUUCAGUUUGAAAAGCAGACUACUUGAGGGCUGGGGAUAUAGCUCAGUUGGUAGAGUGCUUGCCUUGCAAACACAAGGUCCUGGGUUCAAUCCCCAGUACUGCAAAAAAAAAAAGACGACGACUACUUGAAGCAAAACUACACUCUUUAUAGACACCCAUCAAUAUGUGAUUGGACCUUUGGUGAGA